UCCCACACGGAAGGACUCAAUUUCCAACCGUGGGAAUAUUUGAGUCCGCGACGCCAGGACGCCCGGCGUCGGUUUGUGAAUUUUAACGGAACGUAUUUUCUUUUUUUAGAGAAAAACAAAAUUUGUUCGGAUUCCGUUCGUCAGAGAGCUGUGGGAAUAAAUCUUUUUGUUUAAAGAAGGAACGGAAGGAAAAACGAGAGCACAGCUUUAAAAGACUUUUUUGUUUUGGAAAUUUAAUGAUUUCAUGAAAAAGUUUUAUUUCUCUUGUGAACGAACGUGUUUCGCAGUGAAGUCUUUGCCAGUUUCUCAUUAGGAAGUUGCUCGUCUUUUAUGUUUCGAAUUGUUAUGAUGAUUCGGAAAGUUUUACGAGGCACGAGUAACGUGGGCAAUAGGCAACGCACACACGUGUUACGCUGAGAUGCGUUUUGGAAUGUUCGCCGUGGGAGAUGCACGUUACUGUCUUGCGGAGGAAGCUGAAUCGACGUAACGCUCCAAGCCAGGAUGGCCGGUUGGCCGCUCGGAUCAGUAGUCCUGUUUGGUUCCCUCAUUCUCGUCCAUGGACGCGGAGCGGUUCUGGACAGUCAAGGACCAGUUCUCGUCUCGGAGCCCCGUUCGACCGUCGAAUUUUCAAAUGACACCGGCGCCAUGAUCCAUUGCUCAGCACACGGGAGUCCGGCGCCGCGCGUCGACUGGCUCAUGGGCGACGGUUCUCCAGUGUUACCAAUUCCGAACAUCCGCGAAAUGCUGGUCAACGGUUCCAUGUACUUUGUGCCGUUCGGUGCUGAAAGUUACAGGCACGACGUCCACUCGGCGGUGUACCGAUGCCAGGCGUCGAACAGCGUCGGUCGUGUACUGGGACGGGAAGUGAGCGUAAGAGCAGUCGUCAGGCAAAAGUACGAGGUGCAGGUGCAGAACGUUCACGUACUGCCCGGAAAUACCGGUGUGCUGAAAUGCCAGAUUCCUGCGUUCGUAAAGGAAUUCGUGACAGUGACGUCAUGGGUGCAGGAUUCAGCAUUCAAUAUAUACCCUACUACGCAUAGUGAUGAAAAGUACCACAUGCUGCCCACCGGUGAGCUUUUAGUUUUCGCCGUAUCUUCGGCCGACGCACAUUCCAGCUACCGUUGCAGAACCGUCCACCACGUCACCGGCGACACCGUCGAAAGUAGCAAUUACGCACAUUUAAUACUCACCGAACUUCGUAAUCCAGUACCACCCCGUUCCAGCGAACGCGUUAAUCUCGUGUCGAUUCGUACCGGAGAGACGAUAGUACUUUCCUGCAUCUCACCCGGUAUACCACCGCCAAUGUACCUGUGGUUUCGCGAGAGCGGAUCUAGGACUGAAAUGAUUCACAAUACUGAACGAUCCCAUGCACGCUCAGGCGUCUUGAUACUACAGUCGGCCAGGAUUGAGGAUUCUGGUUUGUACGUCUGUCACGCGAAUAACACUGCUGGCAGCGAAAGGGUUGAGCUCAAAGUAUCAGUGAUAAGCAGCUUGUCGAUACACCUGGCGCCACUACAGACCACCGUGGAUCUUGGCAAAGAUACGGAAUUUCAUUGCGCCGUUGCUGGGCAGCCUACCCCUGUCAUAUCCUGGGCCAAGGAUGGUCUUCCGCUUCGCGAAGGAUCGUCCAACAGGAUCAAAAUUUUGGGCGACAUGGGAACCACCCUUUACGUCACUGGUGUCACGAGGGUUGACAAAGGGAUGUAUCAAUGCUUCGCGAAGAAUGAUUUUGAAAUGGUCCAGGCUACUGCCGAGCUUCGUCUAGGGGAUGCUGCACCGCAGCUGCUGUAUAAAUUCAUCGAGCAAACAAUGCAACCGGGACCUUCCGUCUCUCUGAAGUGCAUCGCUGCCGGAAAUCCGACUCCGCACUUCACAUGGACCCUGGAUGGGUUUCCGCUUCCGCAGAAUGACAGGUUCAUGAUCGGUCAGUAUGUGACGGUCUACGGUGACGUCAUUUCCCACGUGAACAUAAGCACCGUCCUGGUCGACGAUGGCGGCGAGUAUCGUUGCUCGGCUGCAAAUCGAGUGGCAAAAGUGCAUCAUUCGGCGCGAUUAAAUAUUUACGGUUUGCCGCACGUGAGACCAAUGAAAAAUUAUCCAGCUGUAGCUGGAGAAACGAUGGUGAUCAAGUGUCCGGUUGCUGGAUAUCCAAUUGACAGUAUCACGUGGGAGAAAGAUGGACAAGCGUUGCCGACCAGUAGAAGACAGGAAGUAUCCAGCAACGGUACUUUAGUAUUGCAUCGCGUCGACAGCAGCAUCGAUCCUGGCGUCUACACUUGCACCGCCAGGAACAAGCAAGGCAACUCGGACUCGCAAACCGUCCGUAUUGAAGUUAAAGUUCCGCCUAGGAUAGCUCCCUUUAGCUUUAACAAGGACCUGUCAGAGGGCGUGAGGGCUCAGGUGACCUGUAUGGUCGAGAAGGGCGAUCCGCCGUUCACGAUCAUCUGGUCGAAGGACGGCGAAAUGAUAGCGAGCACGGGAGGUCCAGGCUAUGUGGCUGGUGGUGGCGUCUCUAGAGGCCAGAGCCUGGCCCAUCUCCAGGCCCACCACGAGGCCCAAGGGCUCAAGGUCAAAAUCAUUGACGACCAUUCCAGUGCCAUUGUUAUCGAACACGUGACUGCGGCCCACACGGGCAACUACACCUGUGUGGCGCGCAAUCCGGUCGCCGAGGUCCACUGGACGGCCGAGUUAGUCGUUCGUGUACCACCGAGAUGGAUCGUGAAGCCACAGGACGUCCACGCACCGGAAGGAAUGUCACAACUCGUGCUCCACUGCAAUGCAGACGGAUUUCCGUUACCUUCGAUGACCUGGAGACGAGCAACCGGAAAGGAGCCUGGCGACUAUCGUGACAUAGCGAGUCACGAGCACGCGCACGACUUGAGGAUUCACGCAAACGGAUCCUUGGUCUUUGGUCGCGUGCAGGAAAAUCACGAGGGAUUUUAUCUCUGCGAAGCUGUCAAUGGAAUUGGUGCUGGUCUCAGCAAAGUAGUUUACCUGACUGUCAAUGCGCCGGCUCAUUUUACGGAAAAGCACAGAAAUCACACGGCUCGUCUCGGUUCACGUGCGUCCUUGAGAUGCGAAGCCAAAGGAGAUCGCCCAUUGAAAAUUCUAUGGCGAAAGGAUGAGCUGCAAUUGGAUUCUGCUGUUUCCGAUUAUCGUUACAUGUUUAAGGAAGUCAAUACUACCGACGGUGCUGCCAGCAUACUGGAAGUGGUGAGAACUACUCGUGAAGACAGUGGUCGUUAUUUUUGCAUCGCGUCCAAUGCAUAUGGAAGGGAUGAGAUGCUUAUGCACCUUUAUAUACAAGAGCCACCGGAUUUUCCAAAAAAUGUACACGUUCUUGAAAAGGGCAGUAGGUAUAUAAAAAUUGGAUGGACCACUAGCCAGGAUGGUAACAGUCCCAUCACGCAGUAUAUCAUCGAGUAUAAAACGGACACUGUUUUUUUUAUUUUCACAGAAGGCUGGCACGAUCGAACGUUUCAAUCGACGGUACCAGGAUCGCAAGCACACGCUCAUAUAAGCUCUCUGAGGCCUGCGGUGAAUUAUCAUUUUCGAAUUUUUGCAGAAAACGAAUUGGGUAGAAGUCAAGCGAGCAACGUUCUGGACGUGAUAACGGAAGGUGAAAAACCAGGUGGACCCCCGCGAAAUUUGAAAGUCGAACCAAUCAGCUCCACGGAAUUCAAAGUGAAUUGGGAUCCGCCCGAUCACGACCUGUGGAAUGGGGAAAUUCUUGGUUAUCACGUGGGCUACAAAGAGCACAAGAAAAUUCAUAAUUACAGACUGACCGCUGACCAGUACAUUUAUCGCACGGUAGAAGGAGUAUCGAUUGGCAACCCUGCACUGGGCCUGGCGAAAAUGUCGAUGCCAGAACGCGUCUAUCAAUUGAAAAAUUUGAAAAAGCAUACACGAUACAGUAUAGUGGUGCAAGCCUACAAUGUUCUGGGACCGGGACCACUGUCACCGGAAGUGGUAGCCUCGACACUGGAAGACGUACCCAGCGAACCACCCCAAGACGUCCGUUGUACGGCCCUGUCAUCACAGUCUUUACAAGUAUCCUGGGACCCACCACCGGAAACCAAGCUAAACGGUAUCUUAAAGGGUUACAAGAUCAUGUGGGAAAAUAUGGAUUCAUUGACGGAAACUCCUAAGUUGAAUUCAAAAAAUACUGGAGUCCUAACGAUUGUGAUACAAGGCUUAGAGAAGCACACUAAUUAUUCAAUUCAAGUAUCGGCGUUCACAAGAGCCGGCGACGGCGUCGCCUCGACGCCUAUUUAUUGUCUUACCGAGGAGGAUCUACCGGACAUGCCAGCAGGUGUUAAGGCUGUUGCCAGUUCCGCUAAUUCGGUCGUCGUCUCCUGGCAGCCGCCAUUGCAUGCCAAUGGCGUAAUCACUUCGUACAAUGUUCACAUGCGGCCCUUGGGCCACGACACCAAAACAUACCGACGCCCAGUAUCACCUCAUCAGACCAGCUAUCAGGCAGAAAAUCUUCAAAAGAGACAACAGUACGAAUUUAGCAUAGCUGCAGAGACUUUAGUUGGCGAAGGACCUCAGACACCGCCGAUAAAAAUAUCACCAUCUAACGAAGUGCGCGCAGCUAUUUACUCAUUUGGCAAGACUCUCGUUGUGCCUUGGAAACAGGACGUGACGUUACCCUGUCAAAGCGUCGGUAAACCAGAGCCAAUAAUAACCUGGAAACAAUGGGGCCAAUUAGUGAAACAAUCAGCACGAGUGUCCAAACUACCAGACGGUUCUUUGCAGAUAUCAGAUUUACAUAGAGAGGAUUCCGGGAAUUAUACAUGUUUCGUGGAAAAUGUUCACGGGUCCGAUCAAAUAACUCAUCGAGUAACGGUACAAGUUCCACCAGCGGCGCCACUACUGCACGGCACUAGCGCCACGACCAAUUCGAUAAACGUCCAAUGGAAACAUGGCGAUGACGGCGGUUCGCCCAUAAGAGGCUACAUUUUGCAUUACAAGCGCGAGCUUGGUGAAUGGGAGGAGGUUAAGGUGUCCCAUAAGAUAAAUAGUUUUUUAUUGUCGCAACUAUGGUGCGGCACCGACUAUCAGGUUUACUUAACGGCUUACAAUAGAAUCGGUAUGGGUUCUCCAAGUGAAAUUGUCAAAGCUACCACAGCCGGUAGCAAACCGGAAGCAUCGCCAUCUUCCGGGGAAAGAUUCAUCACGGUCAAUAUAUCCUGGAUCACUUUACACUUAUACACAUGGAACGACGGCGGUUGUCCCAUAACGUAUUUUGAAUUGGAGUACAAAAAAAUUGGCGAGGAUCUGUGGACGCUUGUUUCUAAUAAUAUUGAGGUUCAAAAGACUUAUACUCUCAACGAGCUGCAACCUGGGAGUACCUAUGAGAUACGCAUACGCGCGCACAACAAUGCAGGUUCUUCGGUUGCUGAAUACAAAGUAACAACCCUCCAACCAUACACCAGCACUACUGCACCUGCAAUAGAAAUAGAUCACUAUAAGCCCCAUCAUACCCCAAUGUACUCUGACCUCAAGCUCAUCCUUCCUCUCGCCUUAAGUUCAUUCCUAGUGAUUGCUGCAGCUGGUGCAAUUUUUUACUGUUUCCGAAAACGCCCCUUAAUGGGGAACGUAGGAAAUCUUCACGAUGCUCAAACAGCGGCGGCACUUGAUAACAAACAAAACAUGGAGCAACGAGAACAAUAUUACGCCACCGUAAUGAAGCCACUUCGUUCUCCCAUUCACGAGAUGGCGACACUGGAAAGAAUACCGGAAUAUUCUGACGACAUCUAUCCGUACGCGACAUUCCAACUGAAGGAAAGUGUACCGGCUGGUAAUGAGAGCCGCUGCGACGCGGCGGCGCCACUGCAGACCUUCGUUUAUCACGACCCACGACUAUCGGCCGCCGAUACGUUGCAGCUGCGGGAGUCGGAUUGCAACCGGUACACUAAGGUGCGCGGAGGCCGUGCGUCCUCUGCGCCAAUGUAUAAAAUCCACAAGCCAGGUAAUCUGGGCAAGUCCGAAUCGGAGGAAUACGACACGCAUGGCUCGGACAGCGACACCGAACUGGGGACCAGCAGCAGAACCGAAUCAUCUAAUCAUCUCGUCGAUUCGCACCAUUUGGUACCGGGCAGCGAUGCCCGUGUCCACAACUUCCUGUACCAUGGACCAGAAUCUAGCACGUCUACAGAAUCCUCACCGAUUUCUGAGAGAAAAUCGUUUCCUCGACGAGGAGGAUCCAAGAUGUUACAGUUGGCGCGUUGUACCCGCGAGGAGACCAGGUCAGGGCUCGGGUCAGUCAGUGGGUUUGGCAAUCCCAAGCACCAGUCGCGCACUCACGUCGUCAGUAGGGAGCAGGAGCGUGACGGAUGCGGAAGUCUGUUCAUCACCAAGGUGGACCCACCCUCAGGUUUCUCCGACACGAUUGAGCUAAGAAAGACAGAUUACGACCUGGACCGCGGCCACGGUGGACACAGGAGAUCGCAGGGCUUCGUGAUCGCGGUGUAAAUACUGGAAGACGAGAAGAGAAGGGAGAGAGGCGGAAGGACGAGGAAAAGAAAGAAAAAAAUUAUAUCAGAGAAAUUGGCGAUCAGCCGAUCUGAAAUCUCGAAGGCGACGAUGAAACAUGAAGAAUGUAUACGGUAACACAGUUCAAUGGAAAUUUGAAAACAAAAAGAAAGUAUAACACGAUAACUGAAUGUCGGAAUUAUCUGAAAAUUCCGCAAAAAAAAAAAAUUUGGUUCCAAAAGCGAACUAACGGUAUUUGUUUGUCUCAGUGUGGGCCUGGCCUAUUACUUCGCCCCUGCCACUUAUAGGCUAAUAGUCGUAAACCAUUGAUGUUCAAUAAUCUCCGAACCUUGAGCCAAACAAAUGGAACACCCGGUUGAUAUGUAUUUUUGAAUUUCUUUUUACACCCCUGGACCAUCCAACCCUUAAUUGUCUAAAUGUGACUGUUUCACGAUAUACUUCGUAUGACUGUACUGUGGACCUAUUGAACUGUACUUAUCGUCAUUCGUGUUAAUUGAAAGUUGAAAAUUGUGAAUGGAUUUGUAAAUAGUCGGUAGUAACCAGUCAUCGUGAUGACUGUUGAAUGGCAGACGUAAGCUUAAGGUUCGUUUCCAUGUGCGCGUUUCAUCAAAUUUUUUGUUAGCUCUAAUUCAUACAACGGACCCAGCCAGCCAAACAGCUGUUCGAUGUAUCUCCUUAAUAUGAUGAAUUCUGAGGCUGACGGUUACGUCAAUUUACAUCUAGCUGCCCAUUGGUCGAGUCCGUUGAAUCCAUUGAAGCUAGCAAAACAUUUGGUAGAACGAAGUUCAGUCUUGUCGCAAAAGAAUCGCGAACGUGAAAAUGAGCCUUCAUAGUAAAUAUACUGUAAGAAGCGUGAUAGACGAGGGGAAACGGUGGAUAUAGGGUGUCAUAAGAGUAACGAGACUUGAAAAAAAACCUGUUUGUUGUAAUUGAUGUAAAAUGCUAUACACUAACGAUCCAGCGAUCCUAAGGGUAAAAAAUCCGCCAAUCUAGAUCCGUGGAUACCACGUGAUCGUCUACGUCCUCCGUUCGAAUAAUCGAAUUUAGUCAAUAAGAGCGCAAACACUACCACACUUAAAAAAAAAAACGAUUUAGUUAUUUUCUUAACUUGAUCGUACGUUUUUCAAAUCUCCCGGGCAAAUGAGAAGAACCAAGUAUCACGAAGUAUAACAGUAAAUAAAACAAAAACUCGCCAAUCAAUUUUGCCCGAUCGAUUAAUCGUAUAAUGAAUUAUUUGCGCGACGACGGUAAUUUCGAAGGAUGAAAGAACAAACGGAGAGUUGAGAGGAAAGAAGAGAGAAACGUUAUUUAUCUUGCGUUUUAGACUAUAUUAGAUUGUUUAUAUUGCACUUACUUUAUAAAAUAUAAAAUAAUCGUUCCAAUUUCAAUCUUUCCCAUACACUAUACGUUAUUUCAUUACGUCAUCGAGCGGUUACGACAACAUGCGUUAUUUAUUUAUUACGCCUGAGAAAUACGUUUUCUUAAGAAAUUCACACUUUUCGAUGUUUAAUCCACUAAAUGUGACAAAGAUGGCAUUACGUGUUCUGUCCAGCAAGUGCUGUCCCUCAAACGGUAAAUAUCUGAACUCCACAGGAGGAUUAUAAUUGUAAUGUGUCCUAACAAUGGUAAAAACAUGUAGUAACUAAAAGAGAUUUCAAAAAGCAUCCAGAAGAUGGAGAUACACAAGAUGUCGGCAAUAUUCUUAAGAUUCCUUUAAAUCAAUGUGAUAAUGUGCAUGGGAAAUUAAUCGCAAAUAAAUAUCUUAUGGAAACGAG